AUUGACUAUAACCUUGUCACAACUCUUUUGUACAGACUGUCAUUGAAGAUUGAGCCUGGGAACAGCUCACCUCGACUGAUAUCCUCCAAAGAAGACAUUGGAGGACCUUCAGAAGAGUCUGUCUCAGUGCGGUAUAACAGACGACCAACCUGUCCUGAUACAUCAGUGGCUGCCCACCUUCCAACACCCUCUCUUGCCCGACACAGGAAGAGCCACAGUCUGGGUAACAAUAUGAUGUGCCAGUAUGGUGUGGUGGAGAGUAAAAGUGCCACAUUCCCUGCAAAAGAAAAAGCUCGACACCUACUGGACGACAGCUUCUUAGAGUCUCACAGCCCUGUCAGAAACCACACACAUGAUUCAGUAUUUACCAAUGGCAUCACAGUUGGUAGUAGAGAGAGCUCUUUUAGUGAUGAAUUAUCAAGUACAGUUGAGAGAGGACGUAUGUAUGCCACACUUGGUCCAAACUGGCGAGUCCCAGUCUGUAACUCUCCCAGAAGUAGAAGUUAUAUUUAUAGCACCCCAGGGGCAGUUUCCAGCUAUGAAUGCAGUUCUCUGAGCAGUAUAACCAUUGAAGGACCCCUGCGAAGAAAGACACUGCUGAAGGAGGGGAAAAAACCCACUCUCUCAUCCUGGAAGCGCUACUGGAUUGUCCUGUCUGGCUCCAUUCUCAUCUAUUUUGGUUCUAAAGCUCUAAGAGCAAAUGAGCGAAGACAUUAUAAAUCCAGGCCAUGUAAAAAGAUCACACUUACAGGUUGGAUGGUGGUUCUUCCAGAAAACCCUGAACAUCCAAACAUUUUCCAGCUCACUGAUCCUGAAAGAGGUAAUGUUUACAAGUUCCAGACUGGAUCACGUUUCUCUGCCAUUAUCUGGCACAGACAUUUAGCCGAGGCGUGCAGGAGUACAAGACCACAGAUACCAGCGAACCUCAUGUCCUUUGAAUAGCUGCUUUUCGGGAACUGGAAUACAGAUGAAGGGAAUAAACUUAAUGGAGAAAGACAUUGCAGAAGAGUUUAUGCGAGGUGCCAGCAUGUUGGAACUAACAUAGUGUCAUAACUUUUUCAGCUCUCUGUUGAAAAAGUCCAAAAAUCUUUCAGAUAUUGUAGAUACAGCUGCACUGAGAGAGGAUGGUUUUGUGUCUUCAGUGAUAAUUCUUUACAAUAAGGUUCAAUUUGUUAACAUUAGAAAAGGAAUAGUUCACUCAAGAAUGAAAUAUAUACACCCUCAGGCCCUACAGUAGAUAAGUUUGGUUCUUUAGAACAGAUUUGGAAAAAUUUGCAUCACAUCACUUUUUCAGCAAUGCAUUCUCUGUAAUGAAUGGGUGCUGCUUCUGGCCAAAAUACCAGUUUAUAAUCCAUAAUAACACUUCCUUCAGUGAAAAUGUCCUUCCCAUGUUUAGAAAUGUAAACAGCGCUUGAUCUAAGCAUAGUUCUAUUCUGAUUCAGAAUGCUUCACUGAAAAAGCAAUAUCAUGGCUAGAGGACUCAUAUUUUAGCUGGAAGAAAGUUAAUGUUUGUUUAAAAACGUCUCAGAUUACGAAUGUAUCCAUGGUUCCCUGAGUAGGGAACGAGACACUGCAUCCUCUAGGGGUCGCUAUGGGGAACACCUCGUUGUGACCCGU